ACGCUGCGUCGUUGCCUAGCAACAAACAGCGCUGUUUUCAUCCCGCGAAACACGCGUGUUCCCUUCUUAAUUUCUGCACAAAUAUUACGAAUCAUGUCCGAUUUCCGAGGAUCUGGUACAUCCAUAGACUGCGGUUGCACGGAGGACAGUCGUUCGACAGAAUCACCGCUGCCACUCACCUGCGAUUGUCCAAGAGACGAACAUGAUCUUGUGGUCCACGAGGAGAAUUGCCUGUUCCACAGGAACGAGAGAAUUAUAUUUCCGCACGAAGUCGAAGAGUGCGAGUGCGUGACUCCUCCGUUUGAAGAUGGGAUCUGCAAGUGCUGCCGGUGCCCGGUCGACCAGUGCCACUGCAACAAGGCCGGCAGAGAGGCCUUCGACCAGUGGCGCAGCAAAAGAGAAUUAGGUGCGAUGCCAGCAGUGUUGGAAUCAACUCAUCCGCUGAUGCAACGGUUCCAGGAUACGCUCAAGCAGUUUCUCGAGAAGGAGAACGCUCUUGCUGAAGAGGAGAUUCUUAAUUUGCGUGAAGAGCUCCGCCUGAGCAAGCUAGCCUACGAUAAGGACUUGGAAGUGAUCUAUCGAAGCGAUCACGAUACAAAUGCGCAAAGAGCUUUGAUUGAGGAGUAUGAGAGUAGCUUAUCUGAGAGGACAGCGGAACGCGAGGCAGCGGAACGAAGGGCUCGAGAAUCGAACGAGAAAUACAAAAGAGCCAAGGAGAAGCUUGAACAAGAUCUUAUCACUGAACGUGAAGCGACUGAGGAGUUAGAAGCUCUGACAUCUUUAUGCCGACAACUGGAAGAGUGGCGUGAUGAGACAGAAUCAGAUCUGACCGUCAGCCAACGGAUGUCAGACAAGAUGAAGGCGGAGAAACGACAGCUCGCACAGGAAAAAAGAGAGCUGGAUAUGUUCAUAUUCGGCCUGAGUAAUGAAGUCUGGAAGCUCGAGUCUAAACUAGAAAUGUUCCAGAAACAACUCGAGAUCAAGAAUUCCGAAAUGGAGAAAGUCAACGACAAGGUGACAGCGUAUGCUACAGAACUGGAAGACUUGGAGUUAGACAAACGGCGUCUAGUCAGUCUCUGGAACUCUGUUCUUGUUAACAUCCAACAGCGUGAUCGCGUCUACGAUGCUGUCAGAGACGACUACCGAACACUUCAAGAAAACUAUCGCACGUUACUGAACAAUUUGGAGAUUACAAAGAAACUUGCAAUGGAGGAGAUGAACAAAGGAAAAGAAAUCGCCAUGAACAAGGACAAGCUGCAGUAUGAUUUGGAUCGGGCUGUUAAAUUAUUUGACACUGAAGACAUGAAACGGGUUAAUUUGGAAACUCAAAUUGCAGAACUAACUGAAGCUAUAGAGAUGACAGAGAGAGAUCAGGAAAUGAUUAAGUCUGAAAAUCAAACGAUGCGAAACAUUUUGAAGAGUUCGGAGAAAGAUUACGAUCGUAAAAACGAGCUCAAACUCAAACUGGAAAAUGAUAUAUUAGCGAAUCUACAAGAGUGUUUAUUGAAUGAUAAAGCAGUUGAAUCAAUGGCGAACGGUAUCAAGAAGAUGAGGGAGCUAUCCAGGAAACAGGAAAUAUCUCUAACCACAAUGGAGAACCAACACGCGAAGAUGAUGAUGGACCUCGAAAUCUAUCGCAACAGGCAAGCAAAGAAUCAGCAGGUAAUGGACGAAACACUCGCUCAAGUGAAAGCGAAAGAGAAGGAGCUGGAAGAGCUUCAAGAGAAGUACGAUCAGAAGGCGAUGGUCAUCGUCAGGAAGCAACGGGAACUGGAUAUCGUGAUGAAGAAGUACACGGCUUUGAAGGAAAUUUUUGAUUUGAAAUCGCCGCAAGAGCGUCGCAUCGAAGAGUUGGAGCUGCAGAUCAAAGAAUUGCGUGAACGAACCGAAGGGAUGCAGCACGAGUGGCUUCGUCUGCAGGGACACGUCGUCAAACUGACCGAGCAACACCACAAGAUGGCCACGGACAUCAACUUGAUUAACAAACAGAUUCAAAUAUGUGAGCAGAAGAUUAUGCGGAUACAGGCGGAGCGCGACACGGUUCAACAAGAGCGCGGUAAAGUCGAGAGAUCGCUGCGAGAGUUGCGAGGGAGGCUCGAAGUGCUGGAGAGGACGAGGAAGGAGGCGAACGAACGAAACGAUACGGCGCAGAAGAGUAACCUCUCUGUUACACACGAGUAUUCUGCUAAUUUGAAGGACGCGGAGGCAGAAAUAAUUCAACUGGAAGAAGAUAUUGAUGCGAUGGACAAGGAGAAGAUGAACUUGACUCAAGAGCUCGACCGCGUACAGAGGGAGGCUUUGGUCUGGCAGAGGAAAGGCAUUUUAGCCGUCGAACUGAAGAAGAACAUGCAAGCCGCCAAAUCAGCCGCCGGCGAGAUAGGACAAAUGAAAAACGAAAUACACCGAAUGGAGGUUCGUCGAGAGCACCUUCGUCGGACCAGCGAGAAGUUGGCGGAUGAUCUAGCGCUGUACGUGACGCGACGCGACACCGCCAUGGAGAAGUGUCGCGCCGCCGCCGCCGUUGAGAAGGCGCACGGACACUCUGGACACACCUCGCAGUCUGUCUACCGACACAAGCUGAGACUGGCUAGAGCCGAUGUCGCUAGAGUUACGAAGGAUUUAGCUGAUGCGAAAAGUCAUUUAGAAAAUCUGGAAAAGGAACAAGAGCGCUUAGAUCGGGAAGUGUUUGAAACGAGCGCAAUGAACUCGCAGCUGGAGGAGCAAGUCGCUUCACUCAUCCAGGAGUGUCAGGACACUGAGCGACAGAAGUCAUGGCUUCUAGAACGUGUUAUUAGGAGCCAGCGUCUCGGCAACGAAUUAGCGACGGCUGUCAAACGUCAAUCGUUUCGCGUCAAAAAAUCGAAAUCGACCGUCACAGCGGAAUACACGCAAGCCAGGGCGGUAAAUGAACAACUAAAACAAGUCAUGGAAACUAUGAACACGGAAUUCCCACAAUUGAACUACACGUUCGAAGGAAUUUUGAAUAUGUUGAAUAUUAACGCGCCCGAAAAUUCAGCGGGCCUACCCGAGGACGGAGCUUGUCUAUGUAUCGACGAGGAGAAUGCCGAGAACGUCGCGGAAAAACCAUUGUGUCCAUAAUAUUUAGAAUAAAAAAAAUUAUUUAUGCAUAUUUAUAUUUCUUGUGAGUAUUAUUUAUAUACCUACAAAAAAUGUGUGACGUUUUAAUUGUUUGUCAUUAUUAAAUGCAUGAUUUUUUUUCGGUGGAUUUAUAUUUUUAAAAAACCUUGUCCUUAAGGGAUAAGGUACAAUGCAGAAAAAAACCCAGCUAAAUCGUUUGAACCAUUCUCAAGGGGUGCUAAUGGCGGCUAAUGGGCGUUCAUGUGGAAAUUGAUUUUUUAUUUUUAUAGAUAUGUCUGCAUGUUUAUAACGUAUGCCUUCCUAUAAUUCCAGAUCGAUUUUAACUUUGUGCAGUUGUUGCACUUGUGGGGUUGGGUUUGGCAUAACACCAUCUAACGAUUUUGACUUGAGUUUCAUUUGUAAGCCGAAGUAGUAUGUGCCGAAAUUAGAAGCAGAAGACGAAAAGCGUUCUUUUUUUUUAAAUGUUAUUCGUUCUGAGUUUUUGUGAACCUAUAUAUGACUCGUCUAUUAUCAAAGGUGGCAAUCUGUGCAUUUGGACAAAAAAAUGUUAUUGAUAUGUCGAUAUAGAUUGAUUUGAAUAUAAUCGUCUCCUUCAAAGAAUACGGUUCAAAACCUGCAUUAAAUAAAGUAUUAACUUAACCUGUUAUUUAUCUAAGAUGUCGUUCAGAAGAGUUUUGUGACUGCCAAUGGAAUACAAAGUCAAUAAUUCGUUUUUCUAAUUUACCAAUAAUUGUCCAAAAGUCACAUUGCCGGCUUUGAUAAUAGUCGACUCAUAUAAAAUGUAUUUAUUUAUUAAAUAGUGUUCGUGUGCCUAUCGAUUGAAAGAUGACUAUAAUAAUUAAUGCUUCUUUAGAUAAACAUAAAUUAUCUCAAUAAAUAGAAAAAUGAGUACUUAGCUGCCUAUUUAAUUAUAGAUAAAUGAUGUCAUAAUCAUGUGCCUGGCUACAAGAAAAAAAAAACAAUAAUUAUAAUGAGAGGUUUUCUUUUAUUGCCCGUGUAGGCAGACGAGCACACGGUCCACCUGAUGGUGAGUGGUUACCGUCGUCCAUGGACUUCGGCAAUGCCAGGGGCAUAACCAAGCCGCUGCCUACCGAAAAUUAAAAGUUAUCGUUGAUGUCAAAGGUAUAGUCGGCUUCGUUUUUGUGUCCUUAGUGCUAGUUCGUUUGCCGCUAGGGGCGCUUUUCAUGCAAAUUUAAGUUAACUUUUACGCUAUCGAGAACGUUAAAAAAACUCGCACUAAGCACACUGAUCUCGACAUUAUGAAACAAUCGUCAACAUACAACUCUACAAAGUUUAAAAGGUUUGUCUUUACAGAUAUUGAAUUCACAUUAUCUGAGUUUUUAAUUAUGUACUUGUGUGUGUGUGUGUUUUUUAAUUUGGAUUGUAUUUAACGUGGAAUAAAAAUAAACUUUUUUACUCAACAA